AUGCCAUCCAUGCGCAACAGCGUUCUGGGAGAGGUGGUACUGGAGGAGGACGAUGCGGGCGCGUUUCACAUCAACACCACUGAUCCAAUGAGCCAGCCCGUGUUUUUGAAUGGCGUCAAUGUGCACGAGAUGCUCAGCACGCUGAUGAGUACUGUGUCGGAGCAGCAGAGCGCGAUCGAUCGCGUCUUUGGCAGCAAGGUGUGCACCCUGAGCGCUCAGACGUUUGGGCAACUCGGCUUCACGACAAACAAAUGGCUUGGCGGCGUUCUCGCCACCAACGGGCUGAUCUACGCCGCACCAUCCAAAUCACCCUCUGUGCUCAUCAUCAACCCCAGCACAAACACCGUCGACAUCACCACAAUCCCAGGACUGGGAACAGACAACGGCAAGUGGGCGGGUGCGGUACUGGCACACAACGGCCUCAUUUACAUGUUCCCAUCCAACAGGGACACAAUGCUCAUCGUCGACCCGAAUACCAACACCAUUGACACAUCAAGCAUCGACUCCCUUGGAUCCGGCAACUCCAAGUGGAAAAGUGGCGUGGCAGCCAGCAACGGUCUCAUCUUUGGCAUCCCAUCUUCUGCCACGUCUGUACUGAUCGUUGACCCUGAAACGAACACAGCCGACAUUACCACGCUGUCCGGACUGUUGAGCCAAGACUACAAGUGGUACGACGGCGUGCAGGCAGAAAACGGCCUCAUCUACUGCAUUCCUGCCAUGGCUUCCGCCGUCCUCACCAUCAAUCCCGAGUCCCUCACGAUGGACCUGACCACCAUCAGUGGCCUUGGCACGGGUUUUAAGUGGCUUGGCGGCGUGCUUUCACGCAGCGGUCUUAUCUACAGCAUCCCGGCUCACUCAGCGACGACACUCGUCAUCAACCCAGUCACAAACACCACCAACGAGCUGCCUGUCGUUGAGGUCACCAACUUUCCGAAAUGGGUCGGCGGUGUGCUCGCACCCAAUGGCAACAUCAUUGGCAUCCCAUACAGCUCUUCGGCAGUUAUCGUUGUCAACCCACCCACCAACAUCACCGACACCAGAAUCAUCAACGACCUUGCUGGAUCCUCCUUCAAGUGGUGGCAUGGCGUGCUUGCCAACGAUGGUCUCAUCUACGGUAUUCCAUACAAUGCGGAUUCCGUCCUUGUCAUUGACCCGGGGUGCUGA